AUGCCACAAAUUAUUCAUCUCGUACGUCACGGCCAGGCCGUUCAUAACCUCAGCGAAGCAAACAACAUUCUGCCCGACACAGACUUGACGCCUUUGGGAGAGGAGCAAGCUAGAGGCCUGAUCUCUAAACAUCCUGAGCUUGCCAACGUUGACCUGAUCGUGUCAUCGCCACUGCGACGAACUCUCCAAACGACCUUGCUGGGAUUUUCCUCUCAAUUAGAGCGCGGCCUACGGAUCGUGGCCUUGCCAGAGGUUCAGGAAGUCAGCGACCUGAACUGUGACACGGGCAGUGAUCUCUCUGUGAUAAAGGAGGAGUUCCAACAAGACCCUGUGGAUUUCAGUCUGGUCGAGCCCGGAUGGCAAAUAAAGGAGGGUAAGACUAAAUGGGCUCCAGUUGUUGGUAGCAUUUUAGAGAGAGCCCGGGCCGCAAGGCAGUGGCUGAGCGAAAGGCCCGAGAGAGAAAUCGUGGUUGUUACCCAUGGCGGCUUUUUGCACUUCUUCACGGACGAUUGGGUCAACUCUGUUAAUCCUGACGGUAUAGUGUUUGCCAACCAGACUUAG